AUGGCCUCUAUUCUUGCUGUUGGAUUUGGCAUUGCCACAACCGCCUUUCUGGGCCGCGCCGGUCUGGUCGCUUACCGCCGCUCCAGAGGAGGAUUGAACGCUGCCGGAAAGGCAUUCUAUAAGGGAGGAUUCGAACCGCGCAUGAACCGUCGGGAAGCGUCUCUGAUUCUACAACUUGCUGAACGAACUUUGACCAAAGACAAGAUCCGCAAGAACCACCGCCAGCUCAUGUUGCUCAACCACCCCGAUCGCGGCGGUAGUCCAUACUUGGCCACCAAAAUUAACGAGGCGAAGGAAUUCCUCGACAAACAUGUUUGA